AUGAAACGUUCAAAUAAUGAUUCGAAUGGGCCAAAUAAAAAAAGUAAACAAGAUGAUGAUCCAUUAUCAUCAAUCUUAGGUGACAUUGACCAAAGUCAACAUGGUAAAUUACAAUCAACAUCAAUUAAAUCAACAUUUUCAUUAGAUAGUGUAAUGAAUAGAAUUAUAGAAUUAUCAAAACAACAUGGUGGUAUUGAUUCAAUAGAGGUAGAAGGUAGAAUUGGAUUAUUUUCAAAUACAUCAAAUGGUAAUACAUUUAAACCAGGUAUGGUUAGAGAUGAUUGGAAUGAUCUUUAUCAUCAUUUGAAAUUGAAAUCGGAACCAGUAGCAACCACAGAGACAGAUUAUAUUUAUAGUGAUUCAAUUCGUGUAGCCUAUGAUGAACAUUCAAAGAAAUGUUUAAGAAAGGAUAAGAAAACCGAUAAAACUAGUUUUGAUCAAUCAACCAAUUUAAUUUAUGAUUUUAGAAUAUCAACCUCAAUCGAAGAGAAAUUCCCACCACCUCUGUCAUUACCACCAGGUUAUAUCAUUCGUCGAGAAAAACAAAGAUAUACAUUUACAGAGGAUCAAUGGAAAAUAGAUUUAACUAAAGUUAUUGUUAGACCAGAUUUCAAUGCUACAGUUGAACAAGAACUUUAUGAAGUUGAAAUUGAAUUAUUCCCUGAAGCAAUUCAAGCUUGUCAAGAAAAAACAAGUUUAACUGAAUUAUUAAAUGAUUUUUUAAAUGCUAUUAAAGGAUUAACAAAUAUAGUUAAAAAUGGCGGAGAAACAUCAUUUCCAGAAAUUUCAUUAGAUAAAGUUGGAAAUGUUUCAGAAUUUUAUAGAUUGAGAGAUUUAGUAUUUAAGUAUAUUCCAAGUGCUCCACAAAGAAAAAAUGAUACAUUUCCUGGUUCAAUGCCUGUAAAUUUUGGUAAGAAAUAUUUUAUUCAUGUUCAAAAUAAUGAAUAUUUUGUUAGUGAUAAAACUGAUGGUAUAAGAUAUAUGUUAUUAAUUGAUCAUACUGGUUGUUAUUUGGUUGAUAGAAAAUUUGAUUUUUAUCAAAUUCAAGGUUUUGAUAUACUUGUAACAUUAUUUGGAGAAGGUACAUUAUUAGAUGGUGAAAUGGUUAGAAAUUUACAAACUAAAAGAGCAAAUUUUUUAAUAUUUGAUGUUUUAUCAGUAAAGAAUGAAUUACAUCAUCAAAAAUUAUUAAAAGAUAGAUUAACAGAGAUUGGUAAUGUAGUUUCAACAUUACGUUCAAAUUUAAAGGUUGAUACACCAUUUGAUAUAUUGGGUAAAUCAUUCCAACUUAAAUCAAAGAUUGUAAAUUUAUUUAAAAAUAUUAAAGAAUAUCCAAAUGGUGAAAGAGUUUAUUCAGAUGGGAAAAGAUGUCACAAUACUGAUGGUAUUAUAUUCACACCAAAUAUAGCCUAUAGUAAUUAUACAGUUCAUACAUUAUUCAAGUGGAAAUAUUGUGAUAAGUGGACUAUAGAUUUCAAGGUAAGAGAUCGUGGUCAGAAAGGGUGGUAUCUAAGUUGUGUGGCCAAUGAUAAUAUUGAAGUCGAUUGUAGAGAGGUAAACUUUUCAAAUGAUGAUUUACAAAAGUUAAGAAGAGAAUUUCAAAGAGCAAGAGAUACUUCAACCGUUGUAGCUGAAUGUUCUUUUCAACCAAAAUGGGGAACUUGGAAAUUUCAUCAAGUUAGACAUGAUAAAAAAAAAGGUAAUUAUAUCAGUAUCGUAAUGGAUACAAUGGAAAGUAUCGCUGAGAACUUAUCAAGUGACGAGUUGAAAUAUCGUAUACCUUUAUUACCUCAUGAUGAUAAUUGGGAAGAAGAAAUGUCAAGAAUUAGAUCUCAAUUAAUCAAUAAUAUUAAACCUUCUAAAUCUUCAACUUCAACUUAUCAACCAUUUCCUCAAUAA